AUGACGUGGCGAGAUCCCAUUGGCCGGCAGCACUCGGUGUUCCUGAAAGCGCGGGAUGGCAAGGAGCAGCAGCGGGGGGAGAGGGGCUUUAUAGAGAGGAUGGUGCUUGAUGAGCAGACUCUGAACCCACCCACUCAGGUGGGGCACGCAGUGCAUGGGGAAGGUUCCUUCCACAUGGUGCUUUUAUCGGCCACACCCAUGGGGGAUGGCAGGGACAGGGACACAUACCGCGUGAGCGUGGGGGGAGCAGCAGCCUUGGAACUCUCCUUGCAUGCGGCACACCCGCUGCUGCAGACACCUGACGAGGCUCACACUCACUUCAACGUCUAUAUUAAAUACCUCAAUAACACGGAUGCAGUGCAUGGUGUACUAGGGCAGACUUUCCGAGGGGAAAUUACCCGGUCUAAAAGGGCAGAGGAGUACGGGCUGCUGACUAGGCUUAUGAGAGCGCCGAUUCAGGCUGACGGGGAGACAGGGCAAGGCUUUUUGGAUGGUGACGUGGAGGAUUAUGCCACGUCAGCAAUCGAUGCAGCUGACUGUGCGUUUGCCACGGCAUGGAACGAAGCUCGGAAUAAGGUCUGGGAAAAGGCCGCGGAGGUUGGGGAGGAGCAUGGGGCUUAUGGAGAGGCUGAGAAGGAGGCUCCGGGGGAGGUUGAGGAGGCUCGGGAGGAGACUGGGGAGGUUCAACGAGAAGACAUUGCUAGUUUGCUAAUGGAGGGUAGAGAUCAGGGGUCCAAAGCAUAUAGUGAGGAAGAAGUUUCAGGGAGAAUGGUGGAACGGGAUGGAGAGAAGAGGAAGCAGCAAGAUGAUUUUACUGAGGAGGUGGGGGAAGAGAGAGACGAGAGAGAUUACAGGGAGGGCAUUAGGGAGAAUGGCAGUGGCAAGAUCAGGGAGAAGGAGGCGGGGGGGGCGGGGUAG